AUGGUGCGAAUGUGCCAGUGUACAUCCAGGAGAGGCUUUUUCUACGUUCUCCAUGGUUUUACAGUCAUGGAUACUCUAGCUAGCUCAGUCCCAUUACGACAGCCUAUUAGCUGCACACUAGCUAUCUGUAAGUGACGUGCUUUUAGUUUUAGAGUUGCAUUAAGGCUAAGUAAGGUAGGGUAGCUAGUUUUUCGGCCAGGUUGCUUAAGAAGAAUUAUGAGCACAACCAAUUGAAACAGCAUCAGCAGACGCUAGCUUACUAGCUAUUGGAUUGUAGCAAGCGCAGUGUAACCAGGGAAACACAAACGCUUCUGGCGUGGUUGAAGUUACAUCCACAAGCUGUCAUUUAUUGUUUGUAAAAUUAAAGAAAAUGGCUGAUGAACUCGCAGUGACAAACACACGUCGCAGUACCUCUGAGUCUCCGUCGGCUGAAUCCCCUGAAAGCAUGGGAUGCACCAACAGGGGCGUGGAGACCUGUUCCUCACAAACCGGAUAUGCUAAAAAGGAAUUAAUGAUGAUGGCACCUAAAGAAAAGCUCAAACACUUUGACAGCCAGGCUCAGGCCUGUGAAGACAUCCAAGAGUUUGAUGCUUGCAUUCAGGACCUGGUGCGUUGUGUGGCUCUGACUAGGCUGGUGCAUGGGGAUGGACAUCUGAAACUAGCCCAGGCACAUGCCAGACUGGCUAAAGCAUAUUUUCAGUUCAAAGGCUGGGGACUGCAGGCCCAGGAGCACUCGACUCUAGCCAGACAGCUGCUGCCUUUUUGCCCCUCCAUCUCCUCCUGCAGAGGUGAAAAUCUUGAGGUUCUCAUGUGUCUAUUGAAUGUACACCUCACACAGGGUGGCGCUUCACUGCUUACAGACAAUCUUGAGGAGGCUGAAUCCUCUUUUCUGGAGGCAGAACAUGUUCUUGAGGAGCUUCAUCAACAUGGUGGCAUCAACCAGGAAGAGAAGAUGAAGACUGCCCUGGAAAUCUCCACUGGUCUAUCCAGGGUCUAUAGGAGACAGGAGAGACCAGAGGAGGCUUUAAGCCAGUGUGAGAAGUCUCUGCAACGGCUGAAGGACUGUGGUAAACCAGAGAAGACCUCUUCAGUCUAUAGGGACAUGGCUGCCAUUGAACAGGACAAAGGUCAUGUGGACCAAGCCAUAGAGCAUCUCUCCAAGGCUCAUGCCAUUGCUAUGAGUCACAGCCCAGAGGCACUAGAGGGGGCUCAGAUCUCCCACAGCCUGGCCCUCAUCCUUUCUGCUGCAGCAGAGCCCCAUCACAAUGACUCUGCAGGUCACUACUUUGAGCAGAGUCUGAGUGCAUACAAAAACUCUGUAGGUCCACAGGAUCCAGCUUUUCUCACGGUCCAGGAUGAUUUCUGUCGUUUCCUCCUCCUCAGUGGCCACAAAGAGAGAUGUGUGGAAAUCCAGAGAGCUUCUCUCGCUACAAAGAAUUCUACUUUUGGUGACCUGAGUGCAGAGGUAGCAGACACCCUUCAGCUGAUAGGAAGUAUGGAGAUGAGUGAGGGCAGGGUGAAGCAGGCCCACAGGACCAUGACAAAGUGCCUGGAGAUCCAGAGUUUGUUUUACGGUCCUCGGCACAAGAUGACAAAAGCUACACAAAAAGCUGUGGACAUGCUGGCACGGGCACCAGAGGUAGCUGAGAGACAACAGAGGCAAGGUUUAAGGAAAACAAAACGUCACACACUUUCACUACCAUCCAGUAGCAAUGAUGGAAACUCAAUGUCUGACUCAUAAAAUGUUUUUUCAGUACAAUAAUCUUGCAGUUGUGUACCAAGAAAUACUGAUAUGUUUUUUUAAGAAGUUUGUCUGUCUAUUUGAUUUGUUUGGGAAUUUGACAGUAAAAUCUAAAACUCUUUGUUUAAGACGGCAGGCAAAAUUAUGGGAACACCUGCACCUCUCAACCCGAAGGAGCUUUUUGAUCAGGCAACAAACAGGCAGUCUAAGACCAUUCUGUCAGAUAACUCUCAUGUUUUGUUUUCACAGUUUGAGCUGUUGAACUCAGGAAAGUGGUACAGAACUUUUGCAGCAAAGUAAGUUACUCAGUGUCCAAAACAAAUUUAUCUUUAGGGAGACUAAUAAAGGUACUUUGACUUUGAUACAGGCAGCUGCCACCGCUGAAAGUUGGCUUCAAUUGCACUAGUCAUGGCCACUAGCAUUACAUGUAUGUGUCACUUUGUACAUUAGUUGGUAUAAGUUCACUUUGAAGAAAUACUCACACUCAGAAAACAUACCAACAAUAGGUUUUAAUUGUGUUAAGAUAUGAAUCAGUUUCCAAAAAAGAGUGGGACCUUUUUACCAACGCAAUAAUCCCAUUUGUUCAAUAUAAAUCAUUAUGUCAAUAAAAGCAAUGGUGUUGGACUAUCUUAUCAACACAUAUUGAACAUUUGACUUAU